AUGCUCGCUUCAACAGCUCUGCAGGCGAUCGCGUCUGGGACGCUCUUAUACUUCCUAUCAACGUAUGUCCUACGAAAAUUCCUCCCAAAACCAGCAUCAUCACCAUCGUCUUCACCACAUCGAAUAUACGUUGCAAAGACAACACAUGCACGAAUACGGCCUGUGGGACAUGCAUUUUCAUAUCCUGUACUAUACAUUGCAGUAGAUCUAGACCAUUGCAAUGAACUCCCGUGGGGCUGGGUAUCGUAUAACGCAUUUGGACUGUUUAGCAUCUGGGAUGCUGAUUUCCUUGUUGACGAUGAGAGUGGUGGGAGGAUUCUACGUGUUGAAGAAUCUGUCAAGUGGGAUACGAGUAAGGCAAGAUCGGCUAGUGUCAAGCAGAAGCUCAUGUCGUGUUUGGACGAUAUGGGUGUUGAUAUUAAGUCAGUAGGCAAAACAGUGCUUGUUACAACGCCUCGUUUACUGGGUUACUCGUUUAAUCCUUUAAACGUUUACUACUGUUAUCACGUCGAUCAACCAAACACGCUGCUCUGUGCAGUUCUAGAAGUUAACAAUACGUUUUCGGAACGGCAUGUGUAUCUUUGUGAUGAUCGGAAUAAGAUGGAGAAGACGCGGGCUGGAUACACAUCGUCACACAGCAUCACACGAUCCUUCCACGUAUCGCCAUUCAACAACCGAUCGGGAAAUUACGAAGCUCAUAUAGCACCCUUGCAUGAAAAUCAGUUUGAUGUGUUGCUGAAUCUAGUGAAAUAUGAGAACGAGGAUGCGAAGCAUUUAACGGCGAGGGUGUUUGGUACGGAUGUGUUUGGGUUGAGUGCGUAUUCGGUGCUGUAUUCGUGGAUUCAUGUUGGGAUGUUGACGGUUUUCUUGACGGUGCCGAGGAUUAUGUGGCAGGCUUGGAAGCUGGCAUACGUACGAGGCCUAAGCGUAUACGGCAAACCACACCCACUAUCACCUACUUCCAAAUCCUCAAAAACGAUUAUACGACAAGUACCUACCACCUUUGAAUGUUACGCCAUCGAACGUGUCUUUCGCCACAUCGAAUCCCUGGAUUUACACACCGCAAUACGCUUCCAUUUCCCAGAUUCUCAAAACACGGUCAUUGAAUUAUCAGGCCGCGAUAGCAAGCCACCAAUAGACAUUACGAUAAACGCUUUUGGAUUCUUCUCGGCAAUAGUAUUGUCAGGAGAUAUAGGUCGUGCCCUAGCUACAUGUUACGUGACGGGAGAUUACGUCGUAUCGGAUUUACGUGCUUUUCUCUCACUCCUAAAGUCACCAAUACCACAUGAUAUAAACCAACCAGAAGCGCUCGUCACGAAAACACGCAGAUACCUCUCCCAACACACUAUCCCAGACACGACAUUCUCAUCCCUUGGGACACUGGAUUACAACAUGACAUACCACGAUGCCUAUACAAUCAUAUCCGAACUAGUGCUUGAACGACUGACAUCGUACUGGUUUGAUGGUACUGCAUCGUUUACGUGGAAUCCGUUUAGGUUGCAUGAGAGGAUGAGGGUGUAUGCGCAGGAUGUGAAGACGGGCGUGCUGAAGGAGGUUUGUGAGGUUGAUGAGGUUAUGCCAGGACGGAAUGAGAGGAGUCGGUUCUUGGAGCUUUAUAGAGCUGCUGCUGGUGCGGGAGUUGUACGAGAUUUAAGUGUGGGAGGAGUCUGUGAGAGUGCUGCUGCAAUAUAG